GACGUUAUUGUCGUCAUUCAACUCUUCAGUCACUUACUUACUUACUUACCAACUAAUAUUUGCUUUUGAUAAUUACUGUACCUGACCUGAUCCUAAUUUGUCUCCCCACAUAAUUAUCUGGGAAGUUCUCUUUCGCCUGCUUUGCUUUGCUUUGCUUUGGUGAGGCGAAACCCGAGGGGACCACCUGACUCGAUCUAAUUUUCCCUCCGAAUCUCUCUCUCUCUGUUCUAUUGAAUUCAAUCAAUCAACAUCCAAUCUCAUCCCAUACAUUAUUGAUUUUUAUCUGUCAAUCUUAAUUACUUUAUUAUUCAUAUUGUCGGUCAGCCCGCACCCACCUGACAUCAUCUCAUCUUAUUUUAUCCAUCUUACUUUAUUAUUAUUAUUAUUCUCUCUUUUUCUCUUUUCUCUCCCCCAGAGAACAUCCUCAUCCUCCUUUCCACCUAUCUAUCUACUUAUCCUCAUCUAUCCUCACAACCAAACCAAAAAUGCGCCCUAACCAACCCACCCCCCUCCACCUCCACACUUCUUUCCCUUCUUCUUCAUCAUCAUCAUCACCAUCCGACCGCAACAACAAAAUGUCCACCUCAACACACGCAACAUCAACAAUAAUUCCACCCCAUCCACACCCCCCGACCACCUCCAACGCCAUUAAUGCCAACCCCAGCAGCGGCGGUGGUCCAUCCUCCCCAUCCCUCUCCGUCACUCUCUCCAUCCCAUCCACCACCCCAACUCCACUCAGCUCCACAACAGCCAGUCCCACCUCCUCGCCCACUUCCUCUCCCGUUCCCCGCCGCCGUCGCUUCAACAAUAACCACUACUACAACAACGCUAUCGGCAGCCUCAACACCACCUCCCUCUCCGACUACAACUAUGGCCAAGAUUACUACUGUGGCAGAAGUAGUAAUAAUCGCAGCCGCAGCCAAAGUCCCUUCCGGUACUACCACCAUCACCACCGCCCCUCAUCCAUGUCGAUGAUGCUGCUACGGCGACGGCCCUCGAAGGUCGAUUUGGCCCUCUCGGAGGAGCGGUCCCGUGCCGAUGAGGAUAAGAUUGAGCGGCUGGGAUUGGAUUUAAUGGAGCCGAGGCCCGUGGAUCCGUUAUUGGGGGUGGGGUUUGCGUUGGAUAGUAUGGAUGAUAGUGUUUUUGGGUCGAUGGAUGGCGGGGUGUUGGAGAGGAGUGGUUCCCAGCCGAGAUUUGUGAUGGGCGGGAUUUUUGAGGUUAUGGAGGGGAGGGGUUGAUUCUGAUCUCGAGGAUUAGUUUAUGGAUUGUUUAUUUGGUGAUGGGUGAUGGUAUUGGGGUUUGGGAUGAUUGGAGUAAUUAGGGUUGUUUGGUUUGCUUGGGUUUAAGCGGGCUUACUUGAUUUUUGUUGAUUGAAUUGGAAUUGGCGGAUACCUUGUGAGUUGUGAUUUGUGAAUUGUGAUAUUUGUUUUGUUUGUAUGGAGUGGAGUGCAGUGGAGUUUACUUUGAACUAUUUUUGUUUAGAGGGUUUGUUGUGUGUUUGAUUGCUACUUUACUUUAUUUCUCUAUCUUCUGAUAAUGAUUCUCAGAAUCUGAUUAUCUGAUUAUAU